UAAACUCAAACCUUGUAGGUCUAUGGUAAAGCACAACACCAGUAUGAUGUAGGGAAGCGAGAUUACGGAAGUACUUCUCGGGAAAGAAUAUGAUAAUUACCUUUGGCGCGUGGGGAGGAAAUAGACAAAAGUCACUGGUUAGUUCUGCCAUUUGUCAUUUCACUAAAUGUGAGCAUUGAAUGCGGUGGCAUCAGAACACAAGCUCCCGCUGAAACUUUUUGAUAGGUUUGGUUGGCGAAGCAUCGAUUUCACCAUGGAUCCCACCCAGAUCGGUACCGUUGUCUCGGGCGAUUUCCCCGGCAACUUUACCACAGCCGCCACGCCAGGUCUGACCGGGGCGAUGAUGACCACGGACACGGUCGCACCUUCUGCCGGGGAGUCGGUCGAGUUGUACAGCUAUAAGGAGCGGGUCUUUAUCGGUCUCAUGUGGCUCAUCAUCUCGAUCUUAGGAAUGACCGGGAACGGGAUGGUCAUCCUGGCCGUAGCCCUGUCCAGAAAGCUCCGGACUCCCACUAAUGUCUUCGUGGUCAACUUGGCCGUGGCUGAUUUCCUCUCCUGCUUCUGUCUCCCGUGGAGCGUGGCGGGUCUGUUCAGCAGAAACGGGCUGCCUGGUGCUCACGUCCCCUGCAUGCUAACAGCCUUCAUCAGCUACGUAAGUUCCGGAGCCAGUCUCUACCACAUGGCCAGCAUCGCUCUCAAUCGCGUCAUCCUAAUCAAGCGGCCCAUGACCCUCUACCAGUGGCUCUACACCCCUGCCAAGAUCGUCUUCCUGGUAGUCCUGUCCUGGCUGGUAGCAUUCUGUGUCAUCCUCCUCCCUCCACUUGCCAACAUCGGAGGACUGGGCUACGAUGAAGAAGAAUACACCUGCACCGAUCAGGACACCCACCCGAUGGCCAAGCUCUACCAGCUCAUCCAGGUUGUCUUCUUCUUCCCCGGCCCCAUGCUGAUCAUCAUCAUCUGCUACGCGCUGGUCUUCGCUCAUGUCCGGAGCCACUUCAUCGCCCAGCGGAAGCGCCGACCCUCCACCAUAGUGUCUAAAGACGCGCCCAGCGGGCCCAUCUCCAGCAACUUCAUCCCCUCCGACUGCCCCCAGGUACAAGGGCCCGACACCAUGGACAACCAAGUCCACGCGAAGUUGAGCCGACAGCAGAUCCAGAUCACCAAGAACUUGCUCAUGAUCGUGGUGGUGUACUUCGUCUGCAUCACCCCGUACAGCGUCAUGCUGUUCAUGGGCAGCGGGUACACCCUGUACGGUGGCACCAUCUUCCUGUGCAACACUUGGAUCAAUCCCAUCGUCUAUGCCACCAAGCACCCCCAGCUCAAGGUGGUGCUUCGCAUGAUGAUCCGCUGCCGCUGCAGCAAGAUCCCCGAGCCGUCCAGGCUGGUCCGCAGACUCUCAAGCAAGAACGUUGCCCUCAAUCAGGUUAACAAGGCUUGAAUUUAAAUUGUCUAGAACCAGACGAAAUUUCUUGACUUAGCUAAGCACAAUCAUGCUACGCAAAAGAAUUACGGGCCAAGUACACAUGACCAGCCGAGAAUCAGUCACCACAUAUGUUCAUUUGCUGAUAUUUUGGCUGAUUGCCCGUUUCUAAAUAUCGGCACUUUCCGCGCUUGUAGUUAAUGUCUGUGCUCAUGCAAUCAAACCCAAUUAAAUACCUAGAGUCCUGGACCCGAUUUAAUGAGGCUUCUUCGCAGAAAUUAUAUGCUAACGUUUAUGCUAUAAAUCAAGUGAAAUCAAGCGAGACUAUCAAGCAGUAGCCCACACAUAUUGGCUCGUGAUAUGCUUUUGCAAAGCUAUGUUUUGAUCGAGCGUUCAAUUGAAGCUAUUUUUUGCUAUACAUUAGAUAUUAUGAUUGUGAUGUUCAGAAAAUUAUUGUUUUGCAAUUAUCGUAAUUGAAAAUUAUCAUAAGAUGAAACAUCAAUUUUGGUUCGUCUUAUGCGCACAAUAAUGUAUAUUGUCAGCGCAGAUGUUACUGACAAAAGUGUGGUUGGGGAGUUUUGACAUUCUCUUUACGAUAUAGGUUUUUUUUUGAUUUGCUGUAUGUACAAAAAUAAAAACUCCGAAGUUUUUCAGAAGAGAAAAGAUCAUUGUAAAUAUUAAGUUUUGUUUUCAUAAGAUGGAAGUUUUGUUUUGACAAGUCACUGGAGCACAUUAUAUGUAUUUUAAAUAUAUUUGGAAAGUAAAAUAUCUCUGUAAAAUGUUAAAUCAUUACAAUGUAACGAUAUCAAUUAUAAUGAAUACGUUCUAACAAGAGAAGCAUUAUUAUUAUUUUUUUUAACUUAAACCCACUUGAAUUUUGAUCCCGUCAAAAGUCAAUUUAUAGGGCCAAUGCUGACACAAGCGUUGUUCGAGUUUCAGUUCCCCGUAGUUUCCAUAUUCAGAGAAAACAAACAUUCACUAUUUUUUAGGGUAUCAACCGGAUAUCUCACAAACGACACUCGACACUCUAAUAAAAAUAUAAAAAUUACAAGGAAGUUUGCCGAUCGAACCAAAAAUAGGUGUUCAACGAAAAACAUCGCUCGAACUUACCCUUAUCCAAAAUUGUUGCCCGGUACGAACAUUCACAAUUUCAAUUAUUUCUUAUAUUAAAUAUUUGAUAUUAUUUUUACGUGUUUUUCCGUUGUUUUUCGUAUUAAAAUUGGUUAUAAUUUUGAUGACGAAAUUUGCAACGCAGAGUGCUCUAUAUAUAGACACUAUAAUUAUUGUUCAAACGUCUAUGUUGAAGCUUUGUAUAUCAUAGACACUAAAAGUUAUUUUUGUCUUAAAUAACAGAUAUAUCAGAACAAAUAUAUAAUGUAAAGUACAUUGGGAUAGGUUUUGCUUGAAUGACCCAGACAGCCCUUUGAAAGCUCCGUGACAAACGAGAAUACUAUUUAAAGGAUGAGGAAAUGUUAAGCUUGAAUUUAUUUUCCUUUUUGUUUAAAAUUUAUUUCCUUGUUUGCCAUUCUUCAGACGAACAUCUUGAUUUUGAAUUGUUCACAUGAACUGAUAAGGCCAAAAAAAAGCCCUUUGAGCCCUUUUUUUUUUGGCCCGGUCAUUUCCUCAUAAUUAUGCAUGCAGGGCGGAGGGUGGUUGAGUGACGACGAUGUCUUUAGUGCGGAAACGGUGCUAUCAAACUCGGGAUAAAAGACCUUGGACAAGAGGGAAAUAUCCAAGACCCGUUUUUCAUGCAAUGGCUAAUUGCUUUAGCAGAAAGUGUAGUUUAGCUAGCAUGCAGUUAUUGUUAAGCAGUGAUCAGCUGGGAACAGUCACGAGAAGUUUAUGUAUCUCUAACGUGACAUCUUGGUUGGUAACCUGUUUUUCUUUGCAAAUACUUUUGUAAUUAGUAACUUGUUUAAUUUUCGGAAACCAUUUGAGGCAGUUUUUUUAUGAUGUAUUAUUGUCAGAACUUUAUGUGUUGUCAGCUUCUGUGUGUGAGUUUAUUGUUCGAAUGUUACAUAGGUCUAUGCCCGCGAAUUUGUACGAUUAAUUACUGAAUAUUGUAAUUUUUAACUUGUUUCAUUUUUAGAUAGGCCUAUAUACCAUUUGAGGCAGUUUUUUUUAAUGUACCAUUGUAAGAACACUUGUAGCGUUGCCAGCUUGUGUGAGUUUGUUUCUGCAUUCAAUAGGGGACGUUGAACAAUACUUCCCCAAAUCCCAAGGGUCCCCGAUUUACGAUCGUGUAAAAAAAUAUAUAGGCGGUCUUCCUUAAUGUGUUGCUAGGUUCUGUGUGUGAGUUUAUUGUUCUAAUGUUACAUAGCCUAGGUCUAUAAUGCCCGCGAAUUUGUACGAUUAAUUCCUGUUAAAGUACCACUAACAGAGGGACAAAAUGAGUAUUGUUGUAAUUAUGUUUAUAGAACACAGUUAAACUGUAUAAUUGCACUUGUAAAUAAAAUGCUAAUUUUGCUGAAUAUUACCCGAACUGUCUUAUGGCACAGUUUAAUGUAAAUUUUCAAUUUUUCGUUUAUAAAAAGUAACUUAGAUACAAUAUUGAGCCUGUUGUUACAAAGCUAAAUGUCAAUAAACAAAUCGAUUGCAA